AUGGAGGCGGCAUGCGUUAUCUUGGCCUAUAUUCCGACGGUCUACAAGACCACAAGAGAAGGCCAAUUCGAAGCACUCCUCGACGAUAUACGAAUUCAGCUUGAUGUGGAGUUCACUGACGAGGAAGAGCACGUUACUGUGACUGAGAAGAAAUGUAGCGCCAGAGUUGAGGAGGUGCUCGUGCAGUUGAUUCCAUCAAUGCCAUCACAAAUCGUCAAUCUAUUGAGAGAGAGGAUCCAGCAUCGCUUCAAUGAGAAACUGUGCUUAGCGUUCACUCAUUACGUUGGAAAGGUGGCCAACAUAGUCAAAUCUCUCGCUUCUAUUGAAGAUUAUACUACACGAAAGGGACUUCCACUAUCUCCCUGUGUCAUCGAACACGAUCGAGUGGCCACGCGUCUCGACUCGCGUGGUGCGAAGCUCUCCUUCAAGCGUGCCAUUUCUAGAGAGAAACGAUCUGCCAUCACCAAUGGCGUUGACGAGCCGGAGGACCUUCUCUCAGCCCAUUUGAAUGGCGAUCUACCAUUACGUCUGAAUCCUCAUGUACACCUCCAACCGAAUUCUGCCAUCUUUGGUCAUCAUCGAGUGAUAAUUCCACUAAACUUCAAGCUCGAUAAGAAGAUACUUCCAGCUUUCCAAUUCCUUCACACUUCUCUUUAUCUAAGUGAUCGGCCACCGUAG